AUGGGCAAAAGCGGCUCUGGGAAGUCGUCCAUGCGAUCGAUCAUAUUCAGCAACUAUGUCGCCAAAGACGUGCGCCGGUUAGGAGCGACAAUUGACGUGGAACACAGCCAUGUCAAGUUCAUGGGCAACUUGACGCUGAAUCUGUGGGAUUGCGGGGGACAAGAUGCUUUCAUGGAAACCUACCUGGGCGGUCAACGCAGCAACAUCUUCUCCGACGUCGCCGUUCUCAUCUACGUCUUCGACAUCGAAUCGCGCGACGUCGAACGCGACCUCGACUCAUACAACUCCGUCAUCGAAGCGCUGCACCAACACAGUCCCGCCGCACAUGUCUUUUGCCUUAUCCACAAACUCGAUUUAAUCCAAUCCGAACACCGGCAGCGGAUAUACGAGGAACGAUCGGUGCUCAUCCGGGCACGCUCAAAACACUUCGACAUCGACACGUUUGGAAGCAGCAUCUGGGAUCAAUCACUCUACAAAGCGUGGGCGGGCAUCGUGCACAAGCUGAUUCCCAACCUAUACGUUAUCGAGCGGUUCCUAGACGCGUUUGCGCGGAAGAUCGACGCCGAGGAAGUCAUCCUCUUCGAGCGCUCGACGUUUCUCACCAUUACCUCGUUUGCGUCCGAAAUCGGCAGUCUGAACCCCAUCUACGACCGGCAUGAGCGGCUUUCGAAUAUCAUGAAGGCCUUUAAGCAUUGCGCCGCGCGCAACACGCACACCACGCCGGCGUCGGCCGGGUUCCAUGUUAUGCAUACGAAGACGCCGCAGUUUAAUGUCUUUCUCGGCCAGUUUACGGAUAAUACGUACAUCUUUGUUGUUGUUCCGCCGGGAGAGGCGUCGUAUAACUGCGCCGUGUUGAAUACUAUGCUUGCAAGGCAAGGCUUUGCCAAAGCUGCGUCGUCUGGAUACGGAGACGCAUUUCCGCUCCCAAUCUCCUCUCAGUCGCCUGUUCCAAAUACAAAUGGGUUUGCGAAAAUGCAGUCUGAUCUUUCUCCGAAUGAAUAA